UGAGAGCGACAAAGCUACGCAAAAAACCAAUGGAAACAUGCUAUACCCAACCAAAAUAAUAUAUCGAUGCUAUCGAUGGGCGCAAUUGUUUUUCAACAUAACUUGUACCUGGCUGCUGCUUCAUCCUAAUCGUUGGCGUUGUAAUUAAUUCAACAUGACUAUUGGCAAAAACAAUAAAAUGAUACAGCAUCUCAAUUAUAGAGUGCGAGUGGUUUUACAGGAUUCGCGCACUUUUAUUGGCACAUUCAAAGCCUUUGACAAACAUAUGAAUUUAAUACUUGGUGAUUGUGAAGAGUUUAGGAAAAUACGGUCAAAGAACACAAAAGUUCCCGAACGAGAGGAAAAAAGAAUCCUUGGAUUUGUGUUACUUCGAGGAGAAAACAUAGUAUCAUUAACAGUAGAAGGCCCUCCCCCUCCAGAAGAAGGACUUCCUCGUGUACCAAUACCGGGCGCACUUUCUGGUCCUGGUAUAGGCAGAGCCGUAGGCAGAGGCGUUCCAGUUAGUAUGUCAACUGUUCCAGCUGGACUUCAAGGACCUGUACGUGGUAUUGGGGGACCUGGGCAGCAACAUAUGACUCCAGUUGGUCGUGGUGUUCCUCGAGCUCCAAUUAUUGGAGGACCUCCACCAAACAUUAUUCCAGGUAACAUCCCUCCUAUGGGCGGAACAAUCGGACGUGGGGCACCUCCACCAAUGAGAGGUCCUCCCCCUGGCAUUCUUCGUGGUGCUCCUCCACCAGGUCGUGGGGGGUAUUAAAAAAAUAAAACAAUGUAUAUGUUUCUAUUACGUUAAACUUAAACGAAUGAAAACGAUGUUCGCAAUCUUAGAUCUAUAUGAUGCUAAUAAACAAAAAAUUGCAUACAAAUCCAA